CCGGGUUAGAGGGCUGAGUGGAUAAGUCCAAAACAUCUUUUUUUCAGGAUGGCCUCUUUUGGCUGGAAACGUAAGGUGGGGGAGAGAGUUUCCAAGAUGACAGCGCAGCAGUUUGAGAAGGACUCAGAGCAGGUGGAUGACGAGGACGUGGAUAAGGAAAGAGCUGAUUGGCUGCAUAUCAUCAAACAGAGACGAGAGCUGCUGCUGGAGGAUUGUGCUGCUAAGAGCAAGAGACUAAAGGAUGAAGGAAUGCUGCUUGCCGAGCAGGGAAGGAACUGGGAGGCACUGAAGAGGUGGGACGAGGCGAUUCAGCUCACACCAGACAAUGCUGUGCUCCAUGAGAUGAAGUCACAGGUGUUGAUCGCCCUUCAAGAGGUGUUCCUGGCUGUGCAGUCUGCAGAGAUGGCCACCAGACUCCGCCCCCUCUGGUGGGAGGCGUGGCAAACUCUGGGCCGCACCCAACUAAGUCUUGGCGAAGUAGAGCUAGCUGUGCGGUCCUUCCAAGUGGCACUGCACCUGCAUCCGUCUGAGCGCUCCCUCAGGGAGGAAGACCUAGGCUGGGCUUUACAGCUCCGGGAGCAACAAAAUGCUCUCCGUGAAAGAGCGAAACAGGAAGAUGAAGCCCAAAGGCUCCUUGUGGAAGCUCCUGAGCUGAAGAGCGAUUAUGAUUUUGAAAGCGAUGAAGUGAUUGAGGCUUGCACAACCAUGGCUGAUAGACAGAAAAAAUAUGAGGACUUAAAGAAAACAGUGGUUGUGGACGCAUGCGGGUGA